GAGAGCGAUGCUGAAGCAUGUCGACAGAAAACAUUCUGUAUGAAUAUGAGCACACAGUCGCUGCAUUUGGCUUUCAUCUGUAGGGAAUACAAUAAUAAUUCGCUGUGGUGACGGUUGGAAAUCAGUUAGACUGGCUGACUACGUUUUCCCUGCAGAUUUGGUUGGGCUAUUUCAUCGAAAACAGGCACCCGAAUCGUCUAUCGGCAUGCUCUUGUGGCGAUUGUCAUCCAGGGAACGUGCGGCAUUGCCCGUAUACUUCAAUUUCAUGUGAUUUUCUUUUUGCAUUUUUUCUUUUUUGGUGAGACAUUUAUUACCGACUUGGGGGAUAAGGCUAUCCAUUUAAGCCCCAACGCGUUCCAUGUAUCGGGAAUUGGGAGGUUUUGGUCGAGUGAUUUUUACUGUGAUGUGUCAGGUGAAGAUGUGCGCUGUUGCUUUCACUCGGCGAUUUGACAGACGACUACGGUGUUUGUGAUUCAAUCCUCCGCCCGCUUUGAGGCGCCUCGCCGGGAGUGAGCUAGUCGCCAGCCGCCAAGAUGCCCGUACGACGAGGCCACGUUGCCCCUCCAAAUACAUUCAUUGACACAAUAAUAAGGAAAUUCGACGGCCAGAAUCGUAACUUUGUCAUCGCCAACGCCCAAGUGGAGACCGGGACCCAUUAUUUUCUGCAAUGAUGGUUCUGUGAACUUACUGGGUACUCCAGGGCAGAAGUCAUGCAGAAAUGCUGCGUCUGCGAUUUCCUGCACGGUCCACUUACCAGCACUUUGGCCAUUUUGCAAAUAAAGAAGCGCUUCUGGGCUCGGAGGAAAAGCAAGUGGAAAUCCUGUAUUAUAAAAAAGACGGGUCAAAGUUCCUCUGCAGUGUAUUGGUGGCCCCCGUUAAAAAUGAACAUGGAGAAAUUAUUUUGUUUAUCAUCAAUUAUGAAGACAUCACAGAUGCCCCUAACAGAGCAGACAUUAAGAUUUUCAAAAACCAACAUGCCGAGAAAGAAAGCGAGAGCCCGACAAGCGGGUAUAGGUGGAAACUGUCCAACUUCAUUCCUAGACGACAAAACUCUGACAGACACAAGAGUUUCAAACUGCGGCUGCCGUCAAUCAGACGAGACAUUCGCUCCAAGGCUCGAGUUCUGGAACGGAUACAGGACACGGAGAAUCCACCCAUCCCCGAGGAAUCUGUACCUCUCAACCAACUCAUGGCUGCCGAUAUGCCUGACGCUGUCCCACGUAGCCCUUUUCGGCGGAAAAGCGACAGUGGUCUGGAAAAUGAGGUGGAAGAAGACUACAUCGGGUCACAGGAUCGACUGAUGGUGGUGAAUCAAUGCAACCUACGAAAAGCUUCCUCAUUAGAAGGCUUGGACUCCUCGACACAUAUAGAAAACGAGUACAGAAAGAAAUCCAACACGUUUAGCGAAUCUAUGGGUAACCAUGUGAAACCAAACUUGAUUAACAUGGCCCAGAGUGACUCAGACCUGGCACGGCACAAAGCUCGGCAGUUUGCAGACAGUUUGAACAACAUCAGCAAUGAUGUCCUGAAAAAGGGAGAGAAAGAGGGCAUGUUUGCAUCCACCAAGGGCCUAUUUCUGCCCAACAUGAAACACAAUGUAUCAGAAAAAGUCGCUCAGAUUGUCAUUCGCUCUGAUAAAUCGAUUUUGGGCGAAGAUAAAUUUGGACACAGCAAUGCAGGGUUACAUAGCGGGUUUACCUCUGGCGUAGAAACGGUUUUAUCGCUGGGUGCCGACGUUUUACCAGAGUACAAGCUCCAGUCCCCAAGGAUACACAAGUGCACGAUUCUUCAUUACUCGCCGUUCAAGGCUGUUUGGGACUGGAUCAUCCUACUGCUAGUCAUAUACACAGCCAUCUUCACACCUUACGUCGCCGCGUUUCUCCUCAGCGAGGAGCGCAAAGAGGGCAACAAAAAUGAUAUGCAGACUCGUUACAAAGACCCAUUGACAAUCAUUGACCUCAUUGUAGAUAUCAUGUUUAUCAUAGAUAUUCUUAUUAACUUCCGAACAACCUACGUCAACAAGAAUGACGAAGUGGUCAGCCAUCCGGGGAAAAUCGCUGUCCAUUAUUUCAAGGGCUGGUUUCUCAUCGAUGUUGUUGCAGCCAUUCCCUUUGAUCUUUUACUGUUUGGAUCAGAAACAGAUGAGACAACAACCCUGAUUGGCUUGUUAAAAACAGCUCGCUUGUUGCGAUUGGUCAGAGUGGCCAGGAAGCUGGACAGAUAUUCUGAAUAUGGUGCUGCUGUGUUACUGUUGCUAAUGGCAACAUUUGCCCUGAUUGCCCAUUGGUUGGCAUGUAUCUGGUAUGCAAUAGGAAAUGUUGAGAGGAAAAUCAACGAUCAACCUAAAAUUGGCUGGUUAGAUGAACUGGCUAAAAACACCCACGAUUUGUAUAAUGACUCAGAUAUUGGGAGUGGACCCACAUUAAAAACAAAAUAUGUGACGGCUUUAUAUUUUACCUUCAGCAGUUUAACAAGUGUGGGAUUUGGCAAUGUCUCACCCAACACAAAUGCAGAGAAGAUAUUUUCAAUACUCAUCAUGUUAAUAGGAUCCCUCAUGUAUGCAAGUAUCUUCGGUAAUGUUUCGGCCAUCAUCCAGCGCCUGUAUUCAGGGACGGCACGGUACCACACCCAAAUGCUGCGGAUAAAGGAGUUCAUCCGAUUUCACCAGAUUCCUAACCCACUGCGCCAGAGAUUGGAGGAAUACUUCCAACAUGCCUGGUCCUACACCAACGGCAUUGACAUGAAUAUGGUUUUAAAAAGCUUUCCUGAGUGCCUGCAAGCAGACAUAUGUCUACAUUUAAACAGAAACCUUCUCAGUAACUGUCCCGCUUUUAAAGCCUCUCCGUUUUCUGGCGCCAGUCCGGGAUGUCUGCGAGCACUAUCCAUGAAGUUCAAGACAACGCACGUUCCUCCUGGUGACACACUUGUUCACCGAGGAGAUGUUUUGUCAGCCAUGUACUUUAUUUCUAGAGGAUCUAUAGAAAUACUGAAAGAUGAUAUUGUGGUAGCUAUAUUGGGAAAAGAUGAUGUGUUCGGCGAGAAUAUUUGCAAACAUCAGACGAUGGGGAAGUCCAGCUGUAAUGUCCGUGCCUUGACUUACUGUGAUUUGCAUAAAAUUCUCCGCGACGAUCUGCUGGAGAUUCUCGACAUGUACCCAGAAUUCUCAGAGCAGUUCGUCAAAAACCUGGAAAUAACCUUUGACCUGAGGGAUGAUGACCUGGCGAUUCGCAUUCCUGGCAGUUAUUUGUACGAGAAUGACCCAGAGUCAGGUUUGAGGAAGCGGAGAGGUGAAAAAGACUCACCUGAGAAAGGCAAACAAGGUCCUAUCCAAUCAAAUCGCUUCCAUGUUGCGCGUCUCCGGCCACGACCGCCACUGCAGGGUCACGAGGAGGGACGAACACUCUCUAUGUCAUUUGAUUCCAGUGAAGAAGAAAUCCGUGAGAGUGGUACAGGUAUACUCGAGUUUUCUCCAGCCAAGGCAGGCAUGGAUGUCACACCGGCUAACUUUGAAUUUGGAGGACGGGAUGAUAGGAGAGGACAGUCCGUGGGCACUCUCACCUCCAUAGCAGCCGGAGCAUUGUCGAGCGUGAACACACUAAUGAGCGCAGUGACGGGGAGGGGAGGGGAUCAGAACAAGCGGAGCCAGGAGACAGCACCCUUGCUUCCGGAGCAGCCCAGUGGCAGUCCAGAGGCACAGAGAAAGCAGACCUCCAGUUCAAGUGUACCGAAGUCCACCUCAAGCAUGACCCUCCCAGUUUCCAGUCCCUCCAGCCAAUCACAGUUUGAGGACAUCUCUCAGCAGCUUCAUGUGACUGCCAGUCACCAUGAUGGACAGGUCACAGGCCCCACCCAUUCCAGCCCCCAGGAUGUAGAGAAACGCUUAGAGGAACUUGCACGACAACUAACCCGGUUAGAGAAAAAGAUGAGUUCUGACAUUGCCAUGAUUCUGCAUAUACUACAAAACCAGUUGCCAGGGCCCCCCAUCUAGCCCCUCCAACUCCUCAUGACCCCCCACCUCUGACCCCUGGCAGCGAACCCCAGGAUAGUUGGCCACCACCGCCUGAAGAUUCCUGGCUACUGGAGCAGCAGCAGCCACAAGCAGA